AUGAAAGACUUUAUACUGAGAUCCAUAUUAUCUUGCGAAGUGUAUCGGAGAAAAAUUGUGUGUGAGGAAUGUGACAUUCUGAUCGACUCGAAGCAAGGCAUGGUUGAAGAAAAUAUAUUGUACGACCAUGCAAUCUUUCUAAAGCACCGUAGCUUAUUUGCCAAGAGAUAUUACCUGUGUUAUCCAAUAAUCAGAUACGUCAUGAACACGGCAUGUCGCAUUCUGCCUACGGUAAUUUGUAACUUCAAGCGUUACCAUGAAUUCGGAAUGUUAACGUUGUACGAGUUUCAAGAUAUGAUCCUCAAGGACGUUAAGGCAGGCUCCCUAAAGAUCACCAAUCACUUUUACACAGGAACAUUCAAAGCGCUGCAGAAAUCGCAGACCUUAAGAAACAUUUCUGCAAGACGCUUAUCUCGACUUAUGCGAUGUCUGACGAAUGUAUUUGUUCAGCAGAUUCUCGAUGUGAUGAUGAGAUCGAUCGAUCACGUGAUAACUAUCAUGAGAGACGGCCACUUCUGCCCUCAGAUUGAAUUUCAGUUGUUGUGCGAAGAUGAUCAGCUUGUAACCAAACCGGACGUAGAGGAGGUGUUUUCGACAUAUCACGAUAUUAUCAGAAGCAUCGAAAAUAUCGCACAAGAUCUGAUGCCUUUGGAAGAAUGGCUGAACAUCAGAGCUCAACCAGUGAACGAGCACGUAGCAUCCAUCUCCGUGCAAUUUAGCGAUGUGUGCACAUCGAGCACGAAAAAUCGAAUCUUGUCCUUAAUUACCAAAAGCCCGAAUUUUGACGCGUAUCUCGCGUACAUACACAAGUACAGCGAAUACCUGAGCGAAGCAAACUCUAUGCUCGCCAAUCUGUACUACAAGAUAGGAAAAUUGGAGCAGAGCCGCGCCAAAGAAUCCUUGAGGCAGAUCUGUCGCGACGUCAUAAACGUUCUCACGGUGCGACUUGUCGAGCAUCACCAAGACUUCAAUCGUUCAAUCUGCUCGGACUUCGAAGAUAUAAGGUCCACGGCGUUGGACAUUCCAAGGGACGCGGAGCCUUUGAUACAACUGGGGGAAUACAUGUCGCAAGCGUCGAAAGUAUUAAUGAAGGAACAGGAGCAGAAGAUACGCCAGUCCAUCUACAUGUUGAGCAAGCUGUUGGACAUCACCACGUUAAGUGACGAACACAUCGACCUAAACAGGACCACCAUCAAUUGGCUGCACGAUAUCCAACCGGUAUUCGCGCAAAACAACACGCAAUGCGAGUCGAUGAAGAGCGAGCUGGAGGAAGAUCUUCAACGUCGAAUAAAUUUAUUAAACUCGGAGGUUGAUAUGGUGUUCCCACAGCUUGUCAUCCUGGACGAUAUGGACGACGUAAACGGAAUGGGAGAAUAUAUGGAACACUACAAAACUUUGAUCAAGAAGUACAAAUGUGUGGAGAACAAGAUGGAAGUGAUCAAUUCGGAGGAGAGACUCUUCAAAUUUCCCGAAACGGAAUUCCCGAAGAUAAUCGAGUUGAAAGAGUCGAUUGUACCGUUCUACACGCUUAUAUGCACCGUUCAUCAGUGGCAAAGGGAUAACUCCGUGUGGCUAAACGGUCCGUUCGAGUAUCUGGAUGCUUCUGUCAUUGAGAAGAAAACUCUGACCUACCUCGAAGAAGUUACGGAAAUGAACAAGGCGAUGAAGUCGCGCAUUAAAAUGGACGUAACGGCAAACAAGUCCUUCAAAUUUUCCGGUAUCGCCGACGAUCCCGACCCGAUGCAGCUGCCCGCACCGUUGAAGCUGUGCUGGCAAGCGCUCAGUAAUGUCAACGAGUUCAAAGUUUUCUUACCGCUGGCAGAUUGCAUGUGCAAUCCGGCGCUGACUGUACGUCAUUGGAAACAGAUGUCCGCGAUAUGUAAUUUCGAUCUCAUGCCGAACGCCGGAACGACUUUGAAAAAAAUGAUUGACAUGAAUCUGAUGGAUAAUAUAGAGAAAUACAAAGCUAUAAGUUUGGGCGCCACCAAAGAGCUUCGUCUCCAGCAAGAACUGGCUGGGAUGAUCAACGAGUGGGAACCAAUAUCGUUUGAAAUGUCAACCGACACAGAGUCCGGUAUAGUGACUUUUAAAUAUGCAAAUGAGAUCGAAGUGCUUCUCAGAGAACAUCUCAUCAGAAUCGAAGAGAUGAGAGCGUCUCACUUCGUGAAGCCAAUAUUGUCGGACGUAAUUGAUUUAUUCACUGUUCUGGAAAAAAUCCAAGAAAUUCUUGAUCACUGGCAGCUUGUACAAUCUCGUAAAUUUCGUUUAAAAGCAAUAUUCUCUUAUCCAGGAAUAGAAAUGCGUCUGCAACAAGGAACUUCAUUGUAUUUAGAAGCAAUGAAAAUGUUAAUGGACAUUAGUAAUAAAUUUACGGAGGAUCCAAGCUUUCAAGGAAUCAAAAAGUCCUUGGAAUUAUUGCAAACCUUAAACGAAACUAAUGAGAAAUUGGAGAAGGUGAGUAAAGAUGUGAAAGAAUAUUUAAAUAUUAAGAGAUUGUCUUUUACAAGAUUCUUCUUUCUUGAAGAUUCAGAGAUUCAAAAAAUAUUGUUUGAAUCGAUCGACACUGCGAAACGACAUGCGCUUGCGAAAAAAUGUUUUGCCGGCAUGGAAGGAUUAAAAUUUAACAGAUCUAACUGCAUUCAAGGUAUUAUUGGAAACUACGGAGAAAUCUUACGUCUAAACACUUUUGUAGCUAUUGACACUGAGUGUGAAGAGCAAUGGUUAAUUCAACUUGAAAGAGAAAUGAGAGACGCAGUUCGUGAAAAUAUUCUGCAAUAUCAGCCUUUCGUCGAUAAAAGCUUGACGUAUGUUCCCAUUGAUAAUUUCCCAAGCAUGGCAAUUGUUUGUGGUUUGCAACUUUACUGGACUUCUUCAGUAGAAAAAUGCCUCACGCCACCGAACACUGCUAUGUUAAAUUCCUUAUUCGUGACGUACACCGAUUGGAUAACUUCGAUAAUUAAUGAAUUAACAAAUAAUCUAACGCGAGGACGUAGAAGUCUGUUGACGUCAUUGAUUAUUAUCCUAUUAGGUCAUAAAGAAGUCAUAAGCCUGCUGCUGGAGAAAAAUAUUGCUAAGCAAACAGAUUUCGAGUGGAUCGCGCAAUUGAAAUAUUAUUGCAAUGAUAAGAUUAUUGAGGUGUCAGUAUUUAAUGUAAUAAUUAAGUAUGGAUAUGAAUAUAACUUUUACCAACAGAACAUUGUCAAUACACCCUUAACCGACAGAUGCUUUCGAACUAUACUGCAGGCUUAUCGUUAUCACUUAUAUGGUAGUAUCACAGGUCCGACAGAUACCGGUAAGACCGAGACAGUAAGAAAUCUGACGAUGGCUCUUGCAAAGCCAUUUUACGUCAUCAAUUGCGACAAUAGCAUCUCCUAUGAUUGCAUACUGAAGACAUUCAAAGGAGUGGUCUCUUGCGGAGCGUGGAUUUGCUUCAAAAAUUUCAACAAAUUAAAAUUAGAAUUAUUGUCAGCCAUCGCACAGAAUCUCACACAAAUGAUGCAAGCAGUGUCGUCUAAUUUGAAGACCGUAAGCUUCGAGGGGUGCAAUUUGGACUUAGAUGCCUCUGGAAACAUAUGCAUCAACAUCAGCUUGGAGCAAUCGAAGCACACUGAUCUGCCAGAUAAUUUGAAAGUUCUCUUUCGUUCCGUAUCGAUGAUAGCGCCGGAUAUCUACAAAAUCGUCGAAGUUGGACUCUUCGCUGGAGGAUUUCUCCACGCAAAAGAUUUAGCGGCAAAGCUGGUUGUCAGUUAUAAAUUAUUAACCGAUCACUUGAGAGGAAAACACUACUUCUACAAUCUUGGAGCGUCAUCACUGAAGACUGUCAUCGCAGCUGCGACUAGUAUGAAACGAAACAUCCCAAACGAAAACGAGUACACAUUACUGCUGCGUUCGAUGAUAGACGUGAAUAUCCCGCAGCUAUGUAACACUGAUGUUCCCAUCUUUCAGAGUAUCAUACGAAAUGUUUUUCCCGAGCCCAGCAUGCCGCCUUUCGAUUGUUCUACAAUUUUAAAUGCCCUGGAAAAAGUGUGCGCCAAGAGAUUCCUGACAUUGCAUUCGGUUUUUAAAUUGAAAGUUAUACAGAUCAUUGAAUUAACGUACGUUCGUCGCGGUCUCAUACUCAUUGGCAAUCCCCUAGCUGGAAAGACGGAAAUUUUGCAUACGCUUGCUGAGACGUUGUCGUUAUUGCACGAUCAAGGAGAUAAAAUCGGUGCGAUAGUAAAGCUAGAAACCAUCCUGCCAGGAGUAAUGGAUAACAGCGCGCUUUUUGGCUAUUCUUGCGACAAGUCCGGGAUUUGGAAGGAUGGUUUAUGCACCAGCACGUUUCGUCGCUUCGCGGAAGACGGAACCGAUCGCAAUUGGCUAGUAUUCGAUGGAGACCUGGAUGGUACGUGGAUAGAAAAUUUGUACACAACUAUCGAUGAGAAUAAGAUGUUGUACUUGGCGUCUGGAGAACGACUUCCCAUAACAGAAUCGACGUCGAUCUUCUUCGAGACGAUGGACAUGCCGGAAGCCUCACCCAGCAUAAUAUCGCGAUGCGGAAUAAUCUAUGUUGAUUCCGGUUCUAUUGAUUGGAAAUCAUACAUGCUAUCUCAUCUCGCGAAACACGACAUUUAUAAUGGAUAUGACAGAAUGCUGCGCGAUCUGUUUGAUUGGGCGAUGGAUCCAUGUCUUAAUUUUUUGCGAGAAAACGGCGAUGCACCGAAGAUUCAGGAAUUACACCUCGUUACUGCAACGCUGAAUUUAUUCGAAGCAUUAAUAAGAGAUGCUUGCGAAGAUACCGUAGAAGAUAAAAGAAACGAUAAUCACUUCGUUGUUUGGACACAAGCUGCCUUAAUCUUAGCUAUCGCUUGGGGACUGGGUGGAAACUUGAUUGAGGAUUCGCAGGCUCGAUUCAACGCUUUCUGCACGUCACUCUGGAACAACACAGAUGUGAGGUAUCCAAAGCCCGAAACGAUUAAACACUUUGAAGUGACAUUGCCUAACGAAGGUUUGAUUCAAGAUUACUUCUACAUUUUCAAAGGCAUCGGCAAUUGGAAGCACUGGGAUGAUCUGUUAAAAACCGAAAAGAUUCCGGAGAUGUGUAACUUUAAUCAAAUUUAUGUCCCAUGCAUUAAUAGCAUGAAAUACAAUUACGUAUUCUUAAAACACAUUAAAUAUCGAAAACCAUUCCUCUUGUACGGCGACGUCGCCGUUGGAAAGAGUUGCACUAUCCACGAUCUGCUGAGCAAUAAAUUACCGGAAAACUGUCUAUCAAAUUCUUUUAGCUUUACUGCUAUGAACAAUGUGUCUAGAACGCAGAGAUUAUUGCUGUCAAAGUUGAACAAAAUACGACGCACCAAUUACAACCCAGGAAGAAAUCAGUUUUGCGUGAACUUCGUGGAUGACAUGGAUAGAGCUACUGUACAGAGAUCAGGAGUACGAUCUGUAUUUGAGCUCUUUCGUCAACUUCUUAGUUAUAAUUAUUGUUACGACGCAGGCGAAUUUAGUAAAAUAUUCAUACAAGACGUCACGUUCGCGCUUGCAGUUACUGCAAAGAAGAUCAAUGAAAGUAUAUCUCCCAGACUUCUGAGACACUUCAACGCUUACGUAAUUUCUUCUCCAACAGUAGAUAAUAUAUUUAGAAUAUAUUCUAAUAUGUUGCUGGCUAAUUUCAAGAAGAAUCUAUUCGCAAUGGACGUCACAGGAAGCGUAACCAGUAUGGUAAAGGCAACGAUUGAUAUUUACCAAUCCGUAAGAAAGAUGUUGCGGCCUGCGCCCAGCAAGUUGUACUACGCCUUCGACAUGAGAGAUAUAUCCAGAGUGAUUAAUGGAUGCGGCCUGAUCCAAAAGGAAUCGGUGGAGACGAAGAUAAUGUUUAUCCGGUUGUGGGCGCACGAAGUCUUACGUGUGUUUGGUGAUCGCAUGUUCGACGAAGACGACAAGGAGUGGCUCUUCUUAAGAAUCCGUGACGCGGUGAAAAACAAUUUUAAAGACUCGUUCGACGUCGCUUUCGAUCACUUGCCCAAAUCCAAGAGCAACCAGAUCACCAAGGAUAGCUUCAAAGAUCUCAUGUUCGGAAGUUUCAUGGACACAGAGAAGAACAGAUGUAAGCGAUACGAGGAGGUCGGUAUAGAAGUUCUGAAGAACAAAGUUCUCGCUUAUCUGACCGAGUAUAACGCCAGCUUGAAGAAGAAACUCGACAUCAUCGUAUGCCGCUACAUGCUGGAAGUUUUGAUCAAGAUCUCCAGAAUUCUGAGCAUGCCAGGUGGAAACAUGUUACUAAUAUCUACCGUAGGCUCCGGCAGGAGGUCCCUAACUGGUCUUGCCGCUUUCAUGCAGCAACAAACUUUCUAUGAGGCCACUAUCGAGUCCUAUUAUGACGUAGACGUAUGGCGGAAUGAUUUGCGAAGAGUCCUGCGGGAAUGCGGGACGUUGCGAAAAGACGUUACGUACUUUAUGAGCGAGAGGCAGAUGAAGGGUGUGUUCUUGCGUGGCAUCAGCUCCUUAUUGAGCACCGGAGAGCUACCUGACUUGUUCUCUGUCGAAGAGAAACAAAGCAUAAUCGAAAUGACACGGCUCCACGCUCAGGGCGGUGAUCAAAACGCGGAAUUCAGCGCACGUUCGGUAAUGACGUAUUUCGUGAAUCAAUGCAAGAACAGACUACACUUCAUACUUUGCUUCUCUCCUACCAGCAUCGCGUACAGAACAUAUCUGUGCUCGCAUCCUAACUUAGCAAAGCACUGCAUGGUGAGUUGCUGUCAAAUUUGGCCUGAUCAGAUGCUUUCGGAGAUUGCUGUAAAGCACAUGAGGCACAUCAACGUCCAAGAAGAAAUUAAAUCUCGCUUGACGAAAGCUUGUGUGCAAUUGCACAAUAGCGCAGUGGAGAUGAGUGUUAAUUAUCGCGAAAUGUUUGGUAGAACGAUUCACGUAACGUCGUCAGCCUUCUUGCAUAUGCUCAAGCUGUACACGCGGCUAAUGUCGAAAAAGCAGGAAGAAAUUGUUGCGACACGGAAUAGGUAUAUUGCGGGUUUAGAAAAAUUGGAAUUGGCAGCUGAGCAAGUUGAGCAGAUGAAGAACACGUUGACAAUCCUGAAGCCCCAAUUGGAAUUGUCCGCCCAACAGACUGUGAUCACCAUGAAGGAAGUGGAAAACGAAAACGUCACCGUGGAACGAGCUACGAUCGUCGUGAAAGAGGAGGAGGAGAUAGCGAACACAAAGGCGGAGAUUGCGGGUAUUCUAAAAUCGGAAUGCGAAGUCGAGCUUGCCGUCGCGAUACCGAUCUUGGAGGAUGCGGUUGCAGCCUUGAACACCUUGAAGCCGACCGACAUCACGCUGGUUAAAGCGAUGAAGAAUCCGCCCGAUACCAUCAAGCUGGUAAUGGCGGCCGUUUGCGUGAUGCUCGGCGUUCCUCCGGAUCGCACCAUCGAUCCUGCCACGGGAAAGAAAUUCACGGACUAUUGGAGCCCGAGCAAGCGCAUCCUGGGCGACAUGAACUUCUUGCAGAACCUGAAGGAUUACGAUAAGGACGAUAUAGCGCCCGCGGUGAUGCAAGUCAUCAAGAAAACGUACAUGACGGACAACAGCUUCAUGCCACACAUAGUAGCGAAAGCGUCUAGUGCCGCCGAGGGUCUCUGCAAAUGGGUUCGCGCCAUGGUCUCCUAUGACGAAGUGGCCAAGGUGGUUGCUCCCAAAAAGAAGAAACUUGCGGCGGCUCAAAGGGAAUGCGACGAAGCCGAGGCGUUUCUGAACGAGAAACGGCAGACCUUGGCCGCCCUGAACGCGAAACUAGCGGCGCUCAAUGACAAUCUACAGCAAACCCUGCAGAAGAAAUUGAGCUUGGAAACGGAGGUAGCAACGUGCACCGCCAAGCUAGUCAAAGCGGAGAAACUGAUUGCCAGUUUGGGAGGCGAAAAGAGCCGCUGGAUGGAGUGCGCUCAUAAGCUUCAAAUGAAUUACGACUGCCUUGCGGGCGACAUGUUAUUUUCCUGCGGAAUAACGGCUUACAUGGCAUCCUACAACACCUCAUUUCGUGACGAGAUAUUAGCCAGAUGGAAAGAAUUUAUGGAGGCUCUGUAUAUACCCUACACCGAAACGUACAGCUUCGUAAAUGUUCUCGGCGUGGAAAUAGAGAUCAAUCAUUGGCAACUUUGUGGCCUGUCCGACAACCGUUUCGCGACAGAGAACGCCAUUAUCUUAAACAACUCGGAGCAAUGGUGCCUGUUCAUCGAUUCGCAGAAUCAAAUAAAUCAAUGGAUCAAAAACAUCGAGAAGAAAAACGAUUUGAAGAUUAUUAAACUGACGGAACUCGAUUAUAUGACAGUCAUCGAACGGAACGUUGAAAACGGUGCUCCAGUUUUGUUGGAGAAUGUUGGAGAGAUACUCGAGAUCGCGUUGGAACCAAUACUGUUGAAGAAGAUUUACAAAGACGAAACUUGGUACAUCGACAUCGACGGUAAAUCUGUGAUGUACUCGCAAAACUUUCGACUUUACAUCACCACAAGGCUGACAAACCCAAAUUACACAGCUGACGUUUUCAGCAAGCUUACGAUAAUCGAUUUCUCAAUGCCGGAUGGCAGUCUUCGAGAUAAACUGUUAGAUAUCGUCGUUUCGAAGGAAAGUCCGGAACUUCAAGAGAAAUUCGAAGCGCUUCGUAUUCAAGACGCAGCUAAUAAGAAAGUUCUCCAACAGCAGGAGGAUAACAUCCUAAGUACGCUUUCCUCGACCACCACGAAUAUUUUAGAGGACGAAAACGCGAUACAGACUUUGGAUUCUUCCAAGACACUUACUGUAGACAUAAUGAAGAAGCAAGAGGCGGCCAGAGUGAUGACACAGAAUAUCCACAAGUUUAGAGAUGCGUACCUAGAGUUCGCUGAUCACUGCGCAGGUUUAUUCUGUACGCUGAAUACCCUGUCCAAUUUGAAUCACAUGUACCGCUUUUCAUUUUCGUGGUUCAUUCAGUUGUACACUAUCUCGAUCGAGACCUCGAACAGGAGCGUCGUCCUCGAAAAACGUCUGCAGUUCCUCAAAUCUUCGUUCACGAAAAACCUUCACUCCAGCGUCUGCAGAUCGCUCUUCGAGAGGCACAAGCUUCUAUACUCGUUUCUGUUAUGCGUAAAAAUCCUGAUCGACACUAAGCAGACCACGCACGAGGAAAUGAAGUACUUUACCACCUCCUGCGACAAAGAAACUCACGAUGCGAUUGUGGAAGCAGCCCCGGAAUGGCUAUCGAUAGACAAGUGGAGGCAAAUCUGCAAAUUAAGCAGCGCAGUGCCUAAUUUACACGACCUAGCAGGUGACUUUUGUAUCAACGGUGCAGCUUGGAAAAAAUACUGCAAUGCGGUGCCAUUUCAGAGCAACCUGAUACCGGCGCGAUGGACCGGCAUCUUGACUCGAUUUCAAAAGCUGAUGCUCGUGAAAAUCGUGAGAUGCGACAAGAUCAUUGUGGAAAUAACGCGGUUAGUAAAGGACACCAUGGAAUACACGUUCGAUUCUUAUCCCUCCCUCCAGUUAUCCGAAUCAUACGCGGAAUCUAGCUACCUCACGCCGAUUAUACUCAUCCUGCCGAGCUGCAUCUCAUCGUUGUCGCUCGUCUCCGCGUACGCGGGCGCGAGGGGAUACACGUCGAAAUUCAUUUCUCUGUCCAUGGGCGAAGAACAGGAAAGUCACGCCGAAAUUCUGAUCGAGCAAACACGAAGGGAAGGGGGAUGGAUAUUUUUGCAGAACUGCCAGCACGCCGCUUCGUGGCUGUCGCGACUCGAACGAAUCUGCGAGAACCUGAAUCUAUCCGGCACGUCUUUAGACUUCCGAUUGUGGCUUUCCAGCUGUUCCGUUCCCGAUUUCCCGAUCAGUAUCCUACAAAACAGCGUGAAGAUCGCGUACGAUCAUCCUCUUCAGCUGAAGCAAGGCUUACUGAAGGCGUAUCGAUCGGAACCUGUAAGGAACAGGGAAUUCUUCGAGGGAUGUCCCGGGAGAGACAAGGAAUUCUCCAAGCUCCUGUACGGGCUUUGCUUUUUUCACGAAAUCGUCAGAGAGAGGAACCACUUUGGCUCGCAAGGAUGGAACAUCCCAUACGACUUUGAUCACACGGAUUUUGAGAUCUCCAUUAGACAAUUGCAGAGUCUCAUCAACGAGUUCAAGGAUGUACCGUUUGAUACGCUGCUCUAUCUCAUCGGGGAAUGUAACUACGGCGGAAAGAUCCUCGAUAGUCUUGAUCAAAGGUGUCUACGACACCUGCUGGAUACCUUUUGCAAUAUCCGCGUAAUCAGCGACAGUGAAUAUUCAUUCUUUGAUCAUAUAGAGCACUCGAUACCCCGGAGGUGCGAAUAUCGCGACAUCAUCGUGCAUAUCGACAACAUGCAACUGGACGCGUCGCCAGAAGCUUUCGCCUCCGACGAAAACGCUCUCGUUGUAAAAGAUGCCGCUAUCGCCAGGGAAUUUUUGGAAUCAAUAUCUCUCUUGGAUCAAGUCAAAGUACCGAAUUUUGAAGUCGUGCAAGAUCAGGCGAUCGAUCGAGUGCUGCAAGCGAUCGAUCAGAUCGCCAAUAAAUUGCCGAUUUCGCUUGACGUCAGCAAGAUGCAGGACGAACGUCCGCUUGCCUCGCGUGAACCGUUAAGUGCGAUCCUUAUCCACGAGGCUGAACUGAUCAAUGAAAUUCUGGCUGUAAUUACGGGCUCUCUAAACGAUUUAAGAUCAGCGUUCAACGGCGAGAUUAUCCUGACCGACUCAUUGGAAGAUUUAUCUAGAGAGAUAUGUAACAACGAGGUUCCACGUAGUUGGAGAACAACCGACGUCGGCAUCGCGACUAAAUAUUUAUCGAAUUACAUGAAUUUGUUCUCGAAACGUGCAGACUUUGUACAAAACUGGUACGACGCCGAUCUACCCCGGAUUAUCCGCUUCGAUGCGUUGUCCUGCUGCAAGAGAUUUCUGUCCGCGAUUCUCCUUACGUUUUCACGGCGUUACAAUGUACCUAUCGAACAAAUUACUUUGGACCUUAAAGUAACAGAUGAUUCCACGUGUAGCGAAGAUCCAGACGCGUAUUACAUUCACGGCUUACAUUUAUCUGGCGCUCGGUGGGAUGUGCAGAGGCGCAUGUUGGCCGAAAGCUUGACGAAUGUAUUCUGGCACGACAUGCCACCGAUACGUUUUACAUUUAGCAGAGGAGAAAAGGCUACCUGCUAUAAUGUUUACGAGUGCCCUGUAUAUACCUCGCCGAUACGGUGCAAUAAAGGGAGGAAUUAUAUCACAAAUGUACCAUUGGAAACUGAUAAGUUACACGUACAUUGGAUAAAACGGGGAACAGCGUUAUUUUGCCAAGUCGAGGAAUAA